ACCGACCGAAUGACGAAAACGACCGUUGCCGAAAUUUGUAAAUGAAAAACAGAAAAUCCGUGCGCGUUGGAUCGGCUGAAAAGUUAAAAAUUAAAAUUUUGCUGUGAUUUUAAUUUAUUGAAAGGCUUUAACGUGUGAUCAUGUGCGAUUUAUAAAAAGGUAUACUAGGGAAGUGAAAACAGCAAAAAUGAAUCGAGCGAUGCGCAGCUAUACGCCGGGAGUUUCAAAACCGGCGUCCCGCAAAUCGACAAUCGGAAUGGAAAGUCCCAUUCCGUCGACGGUCGUUCCGGGUUCCCAAUCGGCAUCGCAGCCAAACCGGCGCCGCUAUUCGGUAAGUUUCGGAACUUCCGUUUCGGCUGCCAUCACGGUUAGCAGCGGCGAUGGAACCCAAACGCCUCGGGGAGUUCCCAAGGGAACCGGAACAGGAGGAGCGGCGCCGCUCGGAAGAAGUUUCAGUCAGGGAACGCCGGAACCUUCGCGUAGGAAAAGUCUUCACGAAAAUCUGAUACUGAAAAUACUUAGCACCCCGGUUGAUCAGCCGCUGUCGCUGAACGAUUCAAUUUCUUCGGAUGCAUCCUUCUGUAGUUCCCUCGGGGGGAUGACGCUGUCCGACCAGCAGCUCAUGGAAUCAGAUGAUAUCCUCCGAUGCACAACUCCACCGACCGGUCUCGAUCAUCAGAACAAUCCACGGCUGGCCCGUUUGUAUCGGGAUCUGCAAAGUCCGUCGGCCACGACAAGGAUGCGGGCACUCCGGGCCCUACGUUCCCCCACCAAACGGGAUGCCUACGGUCAGUUCGAUGUACCCUAUGAACAGCAGGACAUUAUCACUGAGGAGGAACGCCAAAGUCCCCAGCAAAAGACCAUCCAGGACAUCAUGGCAAACGUUGUCGUGUAUGUGGAGGUUCGCUCAGGUGCAGACAAUCGCUCCGAUGGCAUCAAAGAUCAUGUGGCCGCCCUCGGUGCUCAGGUGAACGAAAAGCUGUACAAAAACACAACCCAUGUCAUCUUUAAAGACGGCCUACUCUCGACUUACCAGAAAGCGAAGAAAAUGAAUAUCCCAAUUGUUUCGAUCUUAUGGAUCGAAGGUUGCAAGAGGCACAUGUGCCUGAUGAAACCUGAAAGUUAUCCAAUUUCAAAUUUGGAACGAUACGAAAAUCCUGAACUAUUUAAAAAGAUUCGGCGCCAAAAAUCGAUGCAACCACGAGCUGAAGAAGCCAAUUCGAACUCGGCCAGCAAAAAACGUCCUCCAAUCAGUUCUGCCAAUGCGUCCAAUUCAAACAGCAAAACUACAAACAUCACGAGCAAAUUGGUGGCCUCCCCACCUGCCAAACUCCCUGUGUUGCAUCGCAUUCGCAACGAUGACGGUUUAGAACGAAUCAUCAGCGAAUUUGUGGCGGAGAAUCAAAACACACCGGAACCGCAAGAUGAUUUUGAUCGCCUCCUGGCGGGACCUUCGAAAUUGAUGGAAAUUUUCAGAAACUCUCCCUCGCUAGCCGGAGUUGAUCAGACUCCCUCGAACGCCCCUGAACCACCCAAAGAAUUGGCGGAAACGCCCAAACAAUCAAUUGGCACCAUCCGGAAGUCACUAUUUAACAACUCCUCGGUUGAAAAAUCAGUGGAAUCGGAAACCAGACAAAGCAGAAGGCGCAGCAUCACCGUGAACCGAGAGAUCACUCCUACAGCUUCGGCAAGGCAGAGAAGAAAGACGACACUCUUCACUCCACGCAUCACCAGUGUAGAGGAAGAAUCUUCGACUGCCAUGGGUCCACCACAAUCCGAGGAUAAACAAAAAUCCACCCGCAACCGUCGUAAGACAAUGAACAUUUCCUCCAAAGAAAAUAGUCCACCCAAAAGUCACACUAUCUACUCGCCAAAGGCCAUGGAAAUGAGUAAAGCUAGCAACGGCACGAUGCAGAGUAAUGCCUCUGUAGGGCGAAAGAAACGGGAAACCAUCUAUUCGCCCAAAAAGAUGGAGCAAUCGACUAAUAAGACUGAUACCGCCGCCAGAAUAACUCGUAUCGAUACUGCGAGUGCCAGGAAGACACUGGCUGCGACCACCAUCGAUAAUAUAUCCUGUGAUCAAAAUGCUUCAUCGGCGAAAAAGAAAACUCCCGAGGUAGAUGCGAAGCAAUUGGAAGCGUUCCGCACCAAUCGGCGCCGGACUUUGUACACACCGGGUGUUUACGAGGAAAUGGCUGAUAAGACUGUCGGGGAUUUCUCCCGAAAGACGCCAGCGUUGAACAGGAGAAGCACCAUUUUCAAUCCUCCGGCUAACUCGACGGGCAAUGAAUCUCUUCAAAAGCAACGUUCAUUAUAUACGCCAACCAGCGUUCCUCCGUCAAUGGUCGAGGUUCCGGAAACUCCAGAAACACCUCAGAUAAACAAGCGACACACAAUUUUUGCAGUACCGAACCCGGAAAAGACUCCGUCGGCCACAAUUCGAGCAACAGCCACUCCAGGCUCUGCCGUCAACCAGAUCAGAAACAAAACUCUUCUGGAGGAGUACGAGACAAAUCUUACAUUCAGCUCCACAAAAACUCCUGUAUCCCAACGUCGUAAAACUAUUUUUGAUAUAUCGAUGGACAUUAUCGAGCAAAGACUCUCGCAGAUCAACAAACAGUCACAAACCGCAAAUCCUUCAACUAACGACACGCCAGCACUCGAUCGAAUUCAAUCCGCCGAGCUAGCUCUCAAAUCACCUCCGCCGAAGCCGGUCGAGCCAACGAUUGCCCGACAGACCUCCCUGGACACCUUCUAUCGAAAAAUGUCGAAAUCCUCAGAAAAGCUGAUCAAAUUCAAAACCUCUCUCGACUUGCGUCAAUCUUCGUCAAGCGCGGAUUCGUCUGGUAACGUAACAACCAUCCCACGCAAGCGUAAGCUCUUCAACGCUCAACCUUCGAUUGAAGAACCGCUAACACCCAAGUCCCAAAACUCCAAUCCUUCCCCACCGGAGGAUAAUCCCCAGAUCAAACGCACCAAAACACCCGGGGCCGCAACAACAACGACUGUGAUCACAACAACCCCGGCAAGCACCAACAACAAACGACGAUCGGUGGCCGUCACUUCGCUUACCAAAUCCAGUUCGGUUGUGCCGCUCACCAGCGCAAGCCGAGUCGCAAGGCGUAGCACCAUGUUUUUUGAGAGUGCAACAACCACACAUCCACGUCCGCUGAUGGGCACCCAAGCUCGAUCGGCCAAAGCGGCUCUCCAACUCGGUGGUCGCAUCGGAGCCGGACUACCCUCGGUGGUCGCUUCGCAAACGCAACAGCGCUUGCCCAGCACACCUCUCAAUACGGUAGGCCCGUUUCGGUUGGCCACCACAAACCUACACGCUCCGCAGCAGCUUUUUGUUAAAGAGACAAUCGCACAGCUGGGAGCUUUCUCGCUCGACGAUAUAGUCACCAAUGAGACCACCCAUCUAGUCAGUUCCAGCACCCGGCGAACUAUCAAUUUACUGCGAGCGCUGGCUCGCGGUUUGUGGAUCAUCCACUACCGGUGGAUCGAACAAUCGGUCCAAGCUGGUCGGUGGCUUCCGGAGGAGCAGUUUGAGCUGCGAGAUUUUUCACCCGCUGUUCAGAUCUGCCGCAGUGAGCGGCAGGCAUUCGGGCACAAGUACCGGAUGGAGCUGUUCGCCGACAGUGGACCAUUCUAUAUAUCCCCGAAAUGUGAGGUACCUCAGGACCAGUUGCGGGAACUGAUCAUAACCUGUAAGGGAAAGGUUACCGGUUCGCUACUCAAGGCUAAAUACGUGGUGUUGCAAUCGUUGAAAGACUUACCGGAAGGUGGCUCAUCGGCUCCGGUCGGUGCGUUGCGCAUUAAUCCGCUCUGGAUUCUGGACAGUAUUAGUGCCAAUAAGGUAAAGAAAACGUAUAAAUAUUUGGUUCGAAGCUAGUGGGCGUCCUUAUAUUCCCGAUUAGUUCCGAACCUAUUUAUUGUCAAAA